AUGACACCAGAAGAAUUGAUAAAUCUUUCACUCCAAUACGAAGCAGAAAUAGAAGCUUUCACAACAAUUCCAGCAAAAAGAUUGUUGACAUUUGACUUUAAAGGAUGUUCUCCAUUAAAAACAUGCAGAAUCCCAUUAUAUCUUGCUCUGCAUCUUCAGUCUUUGAAUCUCUGCUCGAUUAUUCCACCCCAGUACAUUUCAAAGGAGUAUGUCGAGAAUAUAAUCCAGAAAGAGAAAACUGAAACAAACUUUGUUGAACUUCCAGAAUACUUCUUUGAGCACAGUACUCUUUUUAUGAAUGAUGAGAUAGAAUCAGCUAUCUGUGAGUUGCGAUCAAUUAGAAACAGCAAGAUCAGAAAGGGUCUUUCAAACCUGGACGGCAAAGCAUUGUACAUAACUGGACUUAGCAAAUGGGAGUUUAAUCAAUUUAAAGACAUAAUCAGGAAACCAAUGGUUUUUGGAAAGAAGAUUGAGGAAGUUGAGGAAGAAUAA